AUGUCGGACCAGGCAAAUGUUGGAACAUACGAAGAGGAGAAAAGGGCAUCGAGGGAGUUGUUGAGGAGCCUUGACAUCGACACACAGAAGAUGGAUGAGGUUAAAUCGAAAGAUAUGCUCACAUUUAGCAAGGAGAUGGUUCAGGACAACGCGUUGCUGAGCAAAGAGGACUUCUCUUCGCUACCGGUCAGCGACAGCAUCAAGGAAUCUCUUUACAUGCUAGGAUACGACCGUCCUUCUGUUGCACAGCUGAGCACCAUUCCGCACAUCCUGAAUGGCGAGAAUCUCAUGUUUCAGAGCAAGAGCGGGACGGGCAAGACCAUUUCGUUUGUGGUUGGGACAUUGCAGAAAGUUGUGGUGGGCAAGGGUGUGCAGGUGCUCCUAAUCACACCUACGAUGGAGCUGAACAGACAGACAAAGACCAUCUUUGACAAGGUGGGUGGUCGGCUCGGAAUACGUACUUUUAUGGCGAUGAGGGGCGAGAGGGUAUCGUUUGUUGAUGCCGAGGUGCUGAUCGGUUCGCCAGGCGCCCUUCUGAAUGCCAUCAGGGCGUUACGCAUCGAACAGAUAAACACUCUCAUAGUUGACGAGGCAGAUGCCGUACUGGACCCGGAGGGGAUGGGCGCGCAGACAAAGCGCAUACUUGACAUGGUGCGCUUUGAGCAGUUCCUCUUUUUCUCUGCCACGUACAGUGAACGUAUCAAAACCCUCAUUCUCAAAUACGUACAGAGCAUACGCGACUGCGUUGAGCCAGUGAACACAAAGCCGGAUGAUAUAGGGCUGUUUCACCUAAAGAUACACGAUAGGCGCGAAAAGAUGAAUGUGCUCAUGUAUCUGUACGAGUUAUUGGUGGUAGGUCAGUCCAUAAUAUUUGUGUCGACCAAACGAAUGGCCGAGAUAUUAAAAAAGCGGUUUGAGGCCGAUCUCAACCGCAUUGGCAUUCUGCAUGGCGAUUUAUCGCCAGAAGAGCGUGGGCAAAUAACCGAAGAGUUCCGACACGCCAAGACAAAAAUUCUGAUCAGCACGGAUGUGUUCUCGCGUGGAAUGGAUAUUCCACAGGUAAAUCUUGUUAUAAAUUACGAUCUGCCGGUGUAUCACAAUAAUGUUGAUGUGAGUACGUAUAUACAUAGGAUAGGGCGGUGCGGACGGUUUGGACGUAAAGGAUUUGUGAUUGACUUUGUGUGUGGGGGUAGUGAGAUGGGGGUUGUGGAGGAGCUUGGGAGAAAAUUGGGGUGUGGGAGUAAGGGGAUCAGUGUUGAAGCUUUGAGUGAAGUUAGUGGGGAGGGUGCUGUUGAUGGAAUAGGAAAUGGUGUAGGUAGUAUAAGCAAUGCAAGUAACUUAGGUGGUGUAAGCAAUGCAAGUAACUUAGGUGGUGUAAGCAAUGCAAAUGGUAUGGGAGUAGAAAUGAAACAUGGUGCUGCACAAGGCAGAGUGGGCCUGCGAAUCGAUGUACAGAAGGAGGAUGAAACAGAAAAGAUGAACGAAACAGGUAAAGAAAGCAAUGCCAUUAGGAAUAACAGGACGAGUGGUUGA